AUGAUCAUGGCCGACGAGGAAAGAGAUGACGAUCACAGGCAAGCGCUGCAGAGGCGACGAAUGCACCUUCUGGCAGCGCCGGCGCAGUGUGAAGGUGCACGGGCUCUACAGCAGUGCGAUGCUCCAAGCGCGGUUGCCGGUCGCCAUGGGCCUCCGUGCCUCAAGAUGACUGCAGUCGUCGAUCUCGAGAAAGCUAAAUUCGGAGGGGCGUCGGACGUCGGGACUCGGCUAGAAGAGAGCAGACGCACCACGCCCAAAGCGGAAGUAGUAUCAAAACAAGCCGGGGAACGACCAGAGCAGCAGCAGCAGCAGCAGCAGCACAGCACAACCGUCGCCGCCGCAUUUGCUGCGUUGCAUUGUGCCUUUCUCCAUCUUGUCGACACCCUGUACAUAAUUGGCCGAGGAGACUACGCUGGACGACUGGAGGAAUGA